UUCUGUGCUGUAUAUUGUGUAAGCUAAUGAAACUAAAGUGAAAUGACCUCUCCAAUACAUACUUAUUAUAUGUAUACACGUUGAUACACGUUGACCGCGAUACUUGUACGGCAUUGAGAAUUGAUUAGCACAAUUAAUUUUUAUUUAACGCAUCGACAACAUGUUUAAACUUGUUUUGAACGUUUUAUGCAUAUUAGAAUCGCACUUGGAUUUGCAGAUAAAUAGUUGACAAAUAGUAUUUCUUUAUGAUAAGGUUAUAUGGUUCGUAUUUAGAAGGAAAUAUUUAAACGUAUUUAUUAUGAUCAAUAAAUAAAGCAUAGAAAUGGAUACUUUUAUACUAGUUAUAUCUCCAAGUUUUAUUUAAAAUUUGUCUCAAUGUCACGGAAAAAGAAAGGUGAAAAUUGGGGGGAAAGUGGAUUUGAAGAUUGGGUAUGGAAUAAUAAUUUUAGGGUGGGUAUAUGGCUGCUAAACAAGCUAAAUUAGAGGAACAGUUUCACAGUGAAGCCAUUAAUGAAACUAAGACAUCAGAAAUAUUUCAAGGAAUUGCAAUUUUUGUAAAUGGUUACACUGAUCCAACUGCAGAUGAACUUCGACGUUUAAUGAUGAAACAUGGGGGUGCAUAUCAUCAUUAUUUGAGACCAAAAGUUACAACCCACAUUAUUGCAACUAACUUGCCAUAUUCUAAGAUAAUGUUAUAUAGAAAAAGUCAAAAUCCAACUCCUAUAUGUAAACCUGAAUGGAUUGUGGAUAGUAUAAAAGCUGGUAGAAUUCUGAAGUUUCAGAAUUAUCUGCUUUAUUCACAUUGUACAGAUGUACAACCAAAAUUAAAUUAUAUAGUAAAAAGUAAAAAAGGUGAAGAGAAUGUUACUCUUCAAGAAGAUAAUAAAGCACAACCAAAUAAUGAAGCAAGUAGUUCAACAAAUAAUAUUGAUAAUAAACAUGUGACAGCAAAAAGUAACAUCACAGAUCAAGUUACUUCAAAUCCCUCAAUACCUUCCAGUUCAAGAGAUGCUCGUUCAUCAAAAAAUUCAGGAUUUAUAUCAGAAUUUUACAGUCAUUCUCGAUUACACCACCUCUCAACUAUGGGAACCACAUUUAAAGAUUAUGUUAAUGAAUUAAGAGAUAGAAAUAAUGGAGAAUUUCCUGGCCUUAUUAAAUUGAAAGAGUUAAAACAUAUAAAAUUAAACAGAUUAUCAUUUGGUUCUCAAUCAAGCUUUAAUAAUGAACUCCCUGAUUUACAAGAAGAGAAUAGAACAGAAAUUAGCCAAGAUCCUAUUAUAAUGCACAUAGAUAUGGAUUGCUUUUUUGUCUCAGUUGGUCUCAGAGAUAAGCCAGAAUUAAAAGGUUUACCUAUUGCAGUAACACAUGCAAAGGGUAAUAAAAAUCCUGCAAAUAAUAGUAAACAAGCUUUAGAAGAUGAGCAGGGUUCAUUAUCAGAGGUAGCAUCUUGUUCUUAUGAGGCAAGGAAAGCUGGGGUGAGAAAUGGCAUGUUUUUAGGGGAAGCAUUAAAAAUAUGCCCCAAUUUAAAACCAAUACCAUAUGAUUUCGAAGGCUAUAAAGAGGUUUCUUAUAUUUUAUACGACACUGUAGCGUCAUACACAUUAGAUAUCGAAGCAGUCAGUUGCGACGAAAUGUACGCAGAUUGUACAAAAAUAUUGGACGAAUCUUGCUUAACACCAAUGGAAUUUGCAACUGUAAUUAGACAAGAAAUAAAAGAUAAAACCGGUUGCCCUGUAUCAACAGGAUUCGGAAAUAAUAAAUUAUUGGCAAGAUUAGCGACAAAAAAAGCUAAACCAAACGGUCAGUUUUACAUACAACAAGAAAAUGUUGAAAGAUGUAUCGGUACUUUUAACGUACAAGAUUUGCCAGGGGUUGGAUAUACAACAUCGCAUAAAUUGAACAAUAUUAAUGUGAAAACAUGUACAGAAUUGCAAGCAAUUUCAUUAUCGACCUUACAAAAGGAAUUUGGCAAAAAAACAGGGGAAAUGUUAUAUAAUAUGUGUCGCGGUAUAGAUCAUUCGAAACUUAACUUAGAAUAUGUUAGAAAAUCGGUUUCUGCCGAUGUUAAUUACGGAAUAAGGUUUGAUAAUAAUGAAGAAGCAAUAGAAUUUCUAAAAAAGUUAUCUCAGGAAGUAUGCAAUCGAUUGAAAAAUGUUAAUGCGAAAGGUAGGUGUAUUACACUAAAACUAUUAGUUAGGGCAAAAGAGGCACCAAAAGAAACCGAAAAAUUUAUGGGUCAUGGUUUGUGCGAUUGUAUAACAAAAUCAAAAAAUCUUAUCGCUCCUAUUAACGAUGUUGAUAUUAUAACAAAGGAGGUAAUUGUACUUUGGAAUCAAAUGCAAAAAGUUCCCGAAGAUGCAAGAGGCAUCGGUAUCCAAAUAUCCAGAUUAGAAGUAUUAAAAAAUAAAUCGCGCCACGCAACUUUAUCGAGUUUCGUUAAUAAGAACAAACAAGGUGACGCGCCUCAUCGAUCUGUCGAAACAAAUCAAGAUAACGUAGCUCAAUCUCUAAUAAAAGCUACAAAUGUUAUGCCAUCAACUUCUAAGAGUGUAACUUCCACUGAUAAAGAGAUGUUUUACAUUCCAUCUGUUAUCAAUGAAUCGAUUCUCGCCGAACUUCCGGAAGAAAUACGAAAUGAAAUUUUGGAUGCGAAAAGAAACGAACACUUAACUAUUGUACCGAGAAACGAGAAGCUAGAUGUUAAAGUGUUAAAAGUUGACGAGAAAAAAUCUGAGAAAGGUAUACAAACGAAACAGGAACAAUUUUUUAAACAAUCUAAACCUGGUAUUCCAAAAUCAACGAAGGUGGAGAUGCCGCCUAUACAUGAGAUCGAUAUGUCUGUUCUGAUAGAACUGCCCGAAGAUAUACGAAAUGAAAUACUUAACGAAUAUAGUGUUAGAAAGAACCAGAAUCAACCGAAUAAUGAUAACACAAAUGAAAACAAUAGUGCUACAGUUUCAACUGAUAGCAGAGUUCAACAAAAUACUCGCGACGAGGAAAAUAUAUCUUUUUCACAAGUAGAUCCUGAAUUCUUAGCUGCGUUAUCCGAAGAUCUAAAACGAGACGUUCAAAUGUAUUGCACCGUCAAGAAAGCGGAAUGUUCGAAAACCAAAAAAGAUGAAACAACUCGUAACGUACAAUUGACAAAAGUUGAAUGUACAAAACAGAGUAAAAAGAUUGAAUUUAAUUCGAAAACGAAAGGUAAUGGCAAAAAUUCUAAAACCGCACCUUCCAAGAACAAGAAGAAAGGUAUACAAGCUGCGUUCAAGAAAUUAAACAAUGAACGCGAGUCGAAAAAUGUACCCAACAAUAGAAUCAAUGGUACCACAAAAACUGUAAUAUCUUGCAAGGAAACAACCGAAUCUGUUAACAAUCAGAUUACUGCGGACGAAGCCGAGGCUAUUCUUUCCCAUAACCGAACUAUCUUAGAAAAUAAUAGUGAAAAUCAACAUCAAGAUACUUUAAUUAAACUUGUAAAUCGUUUACUUAAUCUCCCACUCGAACAGGUAAAGAUGCAAAUACAAAUAUGGAUCACUAAUUCUAAAACCGUGAACGAAGUAGAUUUUUUGUCGCUUGCAACAUUUCUUAGCAUGCUUCCGGAGAAGAAGCGUAUCGAAGAUUUACACGUGUUGUUGAAAACCAUGCAUAGAUGUAUGACAAAAAGUGGAAAUUGCAUUUGGCAUAGGACAUAUAGGAAAACAGUAAAAUACGUUCAACAUUAUAUGCAAAUUGAGUAUAACAGCAAUCUAAUGGUACCAUCAAUUAAAUGCAAUCUUUUACAGUGUAACAGUGAUGUAAUGUAAAUUUCAUCGGAAUUUAAUAAAUUAAUAUUUUUACAAUGAG